AUGGGCUGCCAGGCCAAUCUGAAAGAUCACGUGGAAGCUUCUAUUGAACAACGAGAAACGAACUAUACGAAUCUGCUGUGUCCGCAGACCGAAGGUUUCUUAGUUGUAUUGGUGAACUUUUGCGCGCUUUGCGCCGCCCGCAUCCUGCUUACCCAACGAGACGUUGGUCAUUCUGCUGCUGUUGUGGCG